AUGGCAUCCGAACUUGAAGUAUUGAAACAGCGUAUCAUUGAACUUGAGGUUAAGAAUGCCGAGCUUGAGGCAGAAAAAGCUAAACUUUUAAAGUGGAUUAUGGAGGAGAAUACUAGACGUGAUAUUAUCACCUUCAUGAAUCAGAAAUUCCUGUCCAGCAAUCGGACUCUUCUAUCGUGGCGAAAUUUAUCUAGUCGAAAUAUAGAGGAUAGUUCAACAUCAAACCUCGACGAUAGUGGAAACUCUUUAACCUUUAGCCGGUUCACGCCAAUACCACCACGAUACUUGGAACUAUUAGAGUCUGAGAUUUUUUGCGAGACGGCUCCUUUAGAUUCAACGACUUCAGAAUUAUGGAAAAAGUUUGAAGAGUGGACAGGUUUCGAGAAGGUACCUAAUUAUAAAAAGAAAUUUAAACAUUACUGCCAUCGCUUAUGGACAAAAACGAAGUACGCGUAUAAACUACAAGUGGAGACUCAAAGGAAUCCCCCAAAACUUUACGAUAUUCCAGAAGUGUUCCUACGACAUCCUGAUGACAAACUUUUUAUCGCAGAUGAGAUGACGAAGAAGGUUGCGGGUGGUAUUAAUCUCGAUGGUUUCAAAUACGUCUAUCAACCUCAGUGUUUUAAAAAUGCUGUUAGUGAAACAAUAAUUGAUUUCUUUGACCUCAAUAACCCCUUAAUUACGAAAACUGCGCAAGUGGUAGUAGAUCAAUACUAUAACCACACUCUUAACAACUCUCCACAUUGGUCCAAUCAAUUUACUAAGAACCUGAUUGAGCAUUUCGGCUGUUUCACUGACAGCAAUAAUGAACCAUAUACCACCACGAGCACCGCUUCUACCCACUGUCAAGAGCAUCAGAAAUGCGUCCAAGAUUUGAUUCGGGGGCUUCAACCAAUAUCGGAUGCGGUUAACAAUUAUAUUAAUAGUAUCUAUCCAGCAUUAUAUGAAAAAAUGAGAAAACUCGAUCUAGGUCCCAACGUCCCUAAAUCUUUUGGAGCCUUCCCAACUGUCGGUAUAAACUUUAACUAUAUCUGCCAGUUCCAUCGGGAUCUGAAAGAUCAUCGCAAUACGUUAUGCGUUGUUUGUCCUCUGGGGGUGUUUGAAGGUGGACAACUGGCAUUUCCCGAGUUAAAAUUGGCAAUUAACGCCAAACAAGGACAGGCGAUAGCUUUCCGAUCGCAUCUUUUAAUUCAUGGGAAUCUUCCAAUAACGGCUGGGUCGAGGCAUAGUGUUGUCUUCUAUUUACACGACACCGUUAUAAAGCAAAAACGAAAAUUUAGCUCCCUUUUCGAUGAUGGAGAUUUAGAUAUAUCAGAUAAUGCUGAAAGACACCACAAGAAACCGCGAAAAUAUUCUCCCCCUAAGUUGGGUUCUCGGAAAUCUACAAUAAAAUUAAGAAACCACAGGCAGAGUCAUCUCGAUUUGGAACCCGCAAGAAGAGGCCUACCAGCGCAGCCUUCAGGCCCCUCUACGAGGUAUGACACAUCAAAUUCUGAUGAUACCUCUGAACAAACGGUCUUGCAGAAUAAGGAUACUCCGAUAUCUGAUGUAUCCAAUAAUGUCUUGGCAUCUGAUAUAUCUGAUAAUGCUUUAAAUUCUGAUGUAUGUCAGGAAGAGACGAAGUCUAGAGUCUCCGAUAUACCUUUAACCCAAUGCCCUACAACUUCUAUUCCCGUAAGAAAAGCAGAGUUCCAUUCUUCUGAAGUAAAAAUACCAUACAAUCAGAAAAUAGAGCAAGGUAUAAUUCAAGAAGUAAUCUUAUUUAUUCAAAAAGAAAAAAUGCUUACCUCAUUAACUAAUAUUCCUGAAACUCAAGAUAGCAUUAUAAAAGUGAGUGAAGAUAAAAAUGGGCGAGAGCUAGCUCGAUUAUUUUCCGAUGCUGAAAUUGCAGAAGGAAAAACAAUAAAGGCUAAGCAGAAAGAAAUUAUAUGUUGGUAUACUUAUAGAAAAUCAUACCAAAACACUGUUGCUGAAAUUCGAACUAAAACUGGUGUCAGUGAGAAAACCGCAAAGAGUCAAGUUUAUGCUAUAAUUAAAGCUUCCUUACCUAAAGUUUCAGAAGCAAAUCUACGCAAGAAAACGCAAAGAGCUGGAAGCGUUUAUAAAUUAUUUGAAAAGACUAUCGAUCCCACAACUAAAAAAGAAGUUAAAGGUAUAGGUAUUGACAAAGUUUACGGAAUUUCAUAUGGAACAAGAAGUAAAUCAGAAUUAACCGAUACCCAAAUUUUAAAUAUUAUAAAUCGUAUAGCAUCAAUCGUGACCAAAAAUAAGGAAAAUGGUCACGAUCAAAAUUAUGUGACUAUAGAAACCAAGAAAACCUUGUCUGAAACAGAG